UCGCUUUUACGUGGGGGUUUAUUGACGGUCGUGACGUGGCAAGGGUUCUCUUCUUUCAUAUGGCAUGGGCUUUUUCUUCCAGCGCCAUUGCUGCUCCUGCGCGUGGCUGUCGAGCUACGAUCGAGUGCAAUGCAUCGCCGUCGCGCUGAUCUACAUCCAGAUUCUUUGCGCUGUUAUCGGCUCGUUGGGAGCCACAUACGCUGGAGUCGCGGUCGCGAAUUUGGCAGUAGCACUCUUCGCGUUGGUAGCAGUGGAGAGUGGCAGCCAAAACCUGGGACGAACCUAUGCCGGUUUGCUCGCCUGCGCUCUUCUUCUAGACGUUGCUUGGCUCGUCCUCUUCACUCGUGAUAUAUGGCACAUCGCCAAGGAUCCAGACGCUGGAUCAUACGUGAAGUUCUCAGUGAUGGCCGUCCUGUCGAUGGAAAUCGCGGGGUUCGUGGUGCGCUUCUUCUCGGCUUUCCUUUGGGUGCAAAUGUACAGGCUCGGCGCGUCCAGGGACUUGACAGGGCUCUACCAGCACAUUGAUUUCGGAGGGAUCGGAACUGUGGGUUUCACGACACCGCUCGCCAGCCCCGCGCCAUCUCGCCAAGUUUCUGGGAAAGAAGACAUUGUUGGUGGCUCCAUCUACAACCCCGCGUACUAUUCUUCGCUCUUCCAGCCCGCUGGAACACUGGCAGAAGCAAACGUCGAGAUCGUGGAGGAGAAAACCAAUGGAGACAUGGCUACCGCGCUAGCUUCUUGUCCAAGUGAACGAUUGUAAAGAUGGUGGUCUUCUUCGAGAUCGUGGAGGAGAAAUCAAAAGGAGACACGGCUUAGCGCGCUAGCAAGUGAGCGAUUGUAAAGAUGGUGGUCUUCGAGGUAUCUUAUAAGUUUGUUUAUUCGCA